UCCAUUGAACCUGUGUCAGUGCCAAUAUUAACCUCUGUGCUGUCUUAGUCCUGCUGCCCCACAUCUGGAGAGACUGAAGACCAUUUCAUUACAGUGGAGCUGUGUGAACUGGAACUUCCUACUCAGUUUUUACCGUCAAUCAACAGUGUCCAGAAGAUGGCCAUACCAGGAAUGUUACGGUUUCAGUCAAGGUGGACUGUAUGGAUCUGUGCUGAGGAGCAGGAGUUGAAGAUUGGUCAUGAAUGACAUCAUCACCACCAUGUUCAACAAAAAGUUCCUAGAAGAGCUCUUCAAACCACAGGAGCUUUACUCGAAAAAGGCCCUGCGGACUGUGUUUGACAGGCUGGCCCACGCCUCCAUAAUGAGACUCAAUCAAGCUAGCAUGGACAAGCUUUAUGACUUGAUGACCAUGGCUUUCAAGUAUCAAGUGCUUCUCUGUCCCCGACCAAAGGACAUCCUCCUUGUCUCCUUUAACCACAUGGAUGCAAUCAAAGACUUUGUGAAAGAUACUCCCAGCAUUCUUAGCCAGGUUGAUGAGACAUACCAACAGCUCAUAGAGAUGUAUACGCCCUUAUCUAAUGGAGAAUUCCAGCUGAUCAGACAAACUCUCCUUAUCUUCUUCCAAGAUAUGCAUAUAAGAGUUUCUAUUUUCCUCAAGGACAAAGUGCAAAACUCCAACGGACGCUUUGUGCUUCCCAUCAGCGGUCCUGUGCCAUAUGGAACACAAGUACCUGGUUUGAUAAGGAUGUUUAGCUGUUCUGGCGAAGAGAUGGGCAGGCUGCAGUUCACCAAUGGAGGAAGUUACAUGGCUGCUCUUCGGGAGGGUUCUUUUGAGCUCUUUGGAGACAGAGUCACAAAACUUGGCACAAACAUGUACAGCGUUAGCCGGCCUGUGGAAACCCACAUGUCAGGAACAUCUAAAAAUUCUGCUCAGCACACAAAGGUCAACACUGCCCCCAACCCUCUGGCCAAAGAGGAACUGAAUUUAUUGGCCAGGUUAAUGGGAGGAUUAGAAGUUCAGAAAGCAGGAAAUUCAGACAGCGGCUUCAGAGUAAACCUCUUUGCCACGGAUGAAGAAGAACAGGAGGCAUUAAUGUCAAGACCAGAUGAGCUUUCAUAUGGAGUCAUAAACAUCCAAGCCACAAAGGACCAGCAGGCCAAUGCAGAGCUGGUCAAGAUCAUGGGAGAGUUCACCGAGUCUGGAGAUCAAUCUCCCUGUUCUAGCAGCAAAGGAGAUGACCUUCUUGCCAUGAUGGAUGGCCUGUGACACCAUCAACCUGACAGAGACGUCCAGAGGGGAUAGGGCACAAUACAUCGUCAUCAGUCUGUUCUGCUGUAGACCAGUCUGCUGUCUGUACCUGCAAAUACACUGCAGCAACCACACAUGCAGAGAAAACUCUGUUUAGGGUUUUUUAAAAAUGCAGAUGUGAGCAGGUGUUUUCACUGGUUGUCAAACAACCAACUACAAACUGCUAGUUUUCAUAGUCAGCUAUAAGAAUGUUGUGAGCCAGCUUUAACCUCAAUACACUGUAAUGUUAUGUAAGCUGUAAACUUAAUUUCAGAGCAUCAGAACACACUGUAGACCUUUAUUACUUUGUUAAACAUGGAAAAGAGGUAAUAGCAAAACAUCAGUUUAGACCAGUGGCUUUCAAACUUUGUACCAGAUUUACCAACUAAUUUCUAUCUGUAGUCCCAGGGCAGGUAAAUAACAAAUACAAAUGUAAAAUACAAAACCAAACAAUCAUCUACACACCUCAUGUAGGCCAAUAUUUACUGCCAUUAUAGUGCAAUAUUAACAGCCGCUAUAGGCCAAUAUUUACAGCAGAUAUAGGCCAGUGUUUUUAGAAGAUAUGGCCAAUAUUUACAGCCAAUAUAGGCAUAUAUUUAGAGCUGAUGUCAACCAAUAUUUACUGCAAUUAUAGGACAAUAUUUACAACUGAUAGGCCAAUGUUUACAGCAGAUAUGGCUGAUAUUUACAGCUGAUAUAGGCCAAUAUUUACUGCCAUUAUAGGGCAAUAUUUACACUUGAUAUAGGCUGAUGUUUCCAGCAGAUAUGGCUGAUAUUUCCGUACAAUAUAAGCCAAUAUUUACGACUGGUACAGGCCAAAGUUUACUGCCAGCUGAUGAAGGACUAUAUUUACAGCCAAUAAUGGCAGCUGAGGCCACUACACAGAGCCGAUAUAGGCCAAUAUUGACAGCAAAUACUGGCUGAUAUUUAUUGAAGAUAUAUUGGAUGUAAAUAUCAGUAGAUAUUUUCAUAUCUGUUUUAACUGAUUAUUAACUAUUUAAGCUAAUAUCUGCUGGUACUGAUAAUGUGCAGAUUAUUUUGGACGUUCCUAAUCUCUAGUUGUAAAGCUGUUGUGCUGAUGUUUUACAAUUUCCCACUGCGUACCUAAUCUUGCCUCAAGGCACACCAGUGUGCCUCGCCACACCAUUUGAAAACCACUGGUUUAGACAGUGUAUAAAUAUUCCAUCUUUUAAAUCCAAGUCCGACUCCAUUUUGUUAUUUCACGUCAUUUCUUAGAUUUUACAGCACAACAUGGGUUUUUUGUUCCUUAUUUUUUUAAUCAAACCGUAUGAAAAGGUAAGUUUGUUGCUUCCUAUUUCUUCUAAUAAACUGGUAGAUAAAGGAUUAUAUGAAGGAGUCAGAGAAAACCAAGUGCUCUUUAAAAUGUGAUUCAGAUUUCCUCAAAUCUCUAUUUUGGUAAGAAGCAUCCUCGUCUUGCAUCACUACCUUGUAGCAGUAUGACUAACAAGGUGUGAGACAUUUUCACUACCUUGAAAUGUGUCUGAGUGAUGGUCCAGAAAUGUUCUCAUUGAUGAGUUUAUUGUUGAAAAUAGUUUAGCAAUAUAAAGAAUAUCUAAUAUGUAAAUAUGUUUAUUGCACACUUUAUUUGAAUGCAUCUGUGUUUACCUCUAUCUUUUUUGUGUAGAUACAUGCAUAUUUCUUCAGUUGUUACAUUGUUGAAUGUGCAAAAGAGAAUUUUUAAUAAAUAGCCC